UUCAGUUGAGAGGCUGAUGUGUCAUGCCACAACCUGUUUAUUUACUGUACAGAUCAGCUGUUAGACACACAGACACACACUCACACACCAGCACCUUUGGCACUACCAGGAUGGCACUAUCAGAGUGGACACACAUCUUCCAGAAUGCAGCAGAAAAUCUCUUGCAUGGAGACUCCUGGGAUCUGGAGUUUGAUUCCUCAAUUGUACCCGAGCAACCCCAGUAUGGAUGGCAGCAAUACAUCAGGAACACAAGUGCAAGGUUUGAGUGCACUGACUGUCCAAGAGGCUGGCCUUCCAACCGAGUGAUGGUGGUCUUCCACAUGUGCCUGAAGGACGGGAAGGGCAUUGUCAAAGUGAGGCGCUUCCGUCAGAAUUGCAAGAAUUGCAUUGCAGCCCCAAUGGUAGAUCCCAGUAUCCCUCCAGAGAACAUCAUCAUCCUCAUGAGGAAUCUGGUGAAGAAGAUUAGAAUCAAGUGCUACUAUGAAAAGCUGGAUCAAGGCCACUAUAAUCAUCACAAGAUUGAUGUCAAGAGUCCUCAUGAGCCUGAACAUUGUGAGGGAUGUAUUAAUGGCGUGUGUACAAGAGAUUGAGCUGAGCUUUCUGAUUCUUCAGUUUGGUUGCUUUUGUUCUGUUUUAUGCUCAUACUUCGACUCUUAUUGACAAAAGCAACAGUUUUCCCAGCUUAUGAUCCGCUUCACUGUAUUGCUUUCUCUAACAUAUGCAUAGCUUCUUUUUUCUUCAUAAUUUUUUUAUAAUAAUAAUCAAAAUGUAAUGGUGAUGUAUGUGCUGCCAGCUGAUAAAACAUAUCUCCAUGGGAAAAUUUAUUUGUAAUCUGAGCAUAAAAAGAAACAUACUGUGACGGCGUUAAAAACAUUUAAGAUGCAAGUCACAAACACAUCAAGGCAUUGCCUACACAACACUUGUGUGUUUACCAGCCCACAAUGCUUCAGUGGAUGCAUGUGCAUUCUAGACUGCAAAAGAGAGAAUAAAAUCUGUAUGACAUGUCCACUAGGAGUUCUGGCAGAAUUCCUGGGUGACGGAACACACGUCAUUAACUUUGUGUUAGUGACUCACGUUCGAGUCCUACCAGACAUAUAGUUCAUAAAACUGUAACAUGCAAGAGCAUCUAUAUAAUUUCAUGAGUGGUUCAUAGGCUCAAUCACCUCAAUUGACAAUAGUUAAAAGCUUAAAACUUAAAAGUCACUUUUUUAAAUGAAAAUCUUCAAGACCGCCACUUUAAAAACUAAAUUGAUCUGUAAAGAACAUUAUUCUCAUUUUCCACCGAAUACUUGAAUACUCACUAUUCAGCUUUUACUAGUUGUAUUUCAUUAAUCAAUUGCAAAGAGGAAAAUGAGACUGAGGAUCCAAACACAUGAUACUUUCAAGUUUGCUGUAACAUUUAACAGGGAGACUGAGAAUUUUAGAAACCUGAAACUUAAGGAAACCGCCUGUAAGUUCCUUAAGGUAUUUUCCUCUCAACCCAUAUUAGCACAGAGUAGUGAUGUUGCCAUCACUAAUCUCACUGACGUUGCCACAUUAGUUCCUUUGUGCUGGAAGGCACAAACACACAUAUAAAUACAAGACCUGCACAGCCGACACAGCCAGCAAAAACAGCAAGGUGGAAGACACAAAGAAAAUAACCCACACACAUUAUCUCUAACUGCUCCCUUUAUUUCACACAAACAUCGCUGCUGCCAUGAACACUUAAUAACCUCACAGUUUCAACAAAUUCAGCAGUGUUCUUAUUAAAAGUUACAAUUUCAAUGUGGCAGGCUUAAAUACAAGGGCGUAGGUUUGCAUAUGGACAGUUGGGAUGUAUCCUAUACCAAUAUUUUGAGAGGACAUAAUUGUUCCUACCAAUAUUUGAGAGAACUCACUGUUUGGAGUGACGUCAUAUGUGUCUUCUCAGAGGUUACUUCUCCACGAAUGAUUUAGGCGUGGAAGCAUUUGAUUGGCUGAAAGGUCAGGGACUAUCUGGAGGCUCAUGUCAUGUACAAAUAUCUCACUUACUGCAGACACAGAGGAGGCGAGAGCACAUUAAUGUGCUGACAACGUUAAGUUAUCAUUGUCAGUCCCGACCUCGAGCAUGGGCAAAGAUAUUGUAAUUCAGAUGACGCCCUUUGCUCUAUUGCCAACAUUUUGUCCAUGCCAACUUGUUUUCUACUUUGUAGAUAAUGCCACCAAAAAGAGACAUUAGGAGCUUUUUCACCAUCCAGGGCAUAAUGAUAAGUGAUAACAAUAAUAAUAUUAUAAUAUAAUAAUAAUAGGUGAACACACAGCCACUGAUUUAAAAUGAAAACCUGCUAGCUACCUAACGUCACCGGCCUUUCAUUAUUAGAUAAUUAAUAUAAAGUUGAUACUGAUGCAUCACUGGAUAAGCAGCAUUUUACCGUGGUUUUAAAUGUCAAAUCAAGAGGGGAAGGGGGGAACUGCAACACUGGCAGGCCAAAUGAAUAUAAAUGUUGACGCAAAACUGUUGUUUGUUUUUUCUCUCUUUUCCGUUCACAAGUAAUUUCCUAAAGUUUUCUUAAGGAAAUUUCUUUUAAUCCUUGAUCUAUUACCGUGUGUAGAUUUUGAUUCAAAUGUAAAUACAGGUAAAUGCAGAUCACAUGUUAAUAAACCAUUCUGUUGAGAGCAUUAAAAAGUCUUCUUUGUUUUGGAAGGAUUGUUGUGUCCCUACUAAUGCUGAGUCCAAACCUACGCCCUUGCUUAAAUGGACUCUUUAUGUACAUUUGUAGUCAGCACUAUACACUCUGCUGAAACAUAAUGAAAUUUUGCUAGAGGUUUGGCGAUUAAAGCAUCAUGAGUUGGA